AUGUCCCUUCACAUGUCGGAUUUAGCAGUGCAGCAUUACUUGGUGGAUCAGGUCAAGAAGCUGGUUGCAGCAACUUUUCCCUGAAUAUUUCCCCCCCUCCACCAGAAUAUGUCGUUGACCAACACAAAGACGGGCUUUUCUGUAAAGGACAUUUUGGACCUUCCUGACACGAAUGACGAAGAAGGAUCUAUCACCGGAGCGGAGGAAGACACGGAGGGAUCGGAGACCACAUCCACGACGAAAACCACUGGAGUUUUGGUGCAAAGUCCUCUAGAAAACGUUCAAAAUCUGCCUUUAAAGAACCCCUUUUAUGACAGUAGUGACAAUCCUUACACACGAUGGCUUGCUACUACGGACAGUAUUCAGUAUUCAUUGCACGGCCUCUCCGCCAGCUCGCAGGACUCAGCCAAGUCCCCGGAGCCGUCCGCAGACGACGAAUCGCCGGACAACGAUAAGGAAACUUCCAGCAGCGGCGGCAGCGACUCCGGCAAGAAGCGGAAAAGGAGGGUGUUGUUUUCCAAGGCGCAGACCUACGAGCUGGAGCGCCGCUUCAGACAGCAGAGGUACCUGUCCGCCCCAGAGAGGGAGCACCUGGCCAGCCUGAUCCGCCUCACCCCGACCCAGGUGAAGAUCUGGUUCCAGAACCACCGGUAUAAGAUGAAGAGAGCCCGGGCCGAGAAAGGUAUGGAAGUGACCCAUCUCCCUUCUCCCAGGCGGGUGGCCGUGCCCGUCUUAGUCAGGGAUGGAAAGCCUUGUCACACUCUUAAAGCUCAGGACUUGGCGGCCACUUUUCAGGCCGGGAUCCCCUUCUCGGCUUAUAGUGCCCAGUCACUCCAACACAUGCAGUAUAACGCGCAGUACAGCGCCGCGGCCACGGCACAGUUCCCCACAGCACAUCACUUGGUGCAAACGCAACAGUGGACUUGGUGA